AUGCAUCGCUUUUUUGCAGAGCUGGAGCCAUCUCUAUCCGUCACUGAGCAAAACCUGGCAGACCGAGUUAGGUACAUCCUGCGCUCCAACAUAUUUGGUGACGCCGAACUCGAGCGACUACGACGUGAGGUUAUUCCUUCAUCGAAUGGAAAUGCUACGGCUGGGAAUGCGGCGCCACUAGAUGCGCAACAAACUGCAUAUGUGGAUGCUGCCGUCAACAUUCCAUUUGUGGCUAAUUUAGACGAUGAUGGAAUAGUCUCCCACGAACUAGAGAAAAUGAGGAGCAUAUUGGAAGAGUCGAUGCUGGAAACGCGCAGCAUGCCUCUCGAAAAUCGACCGCGACUUCCCCCGCAUACCCCUUAG